AUGAAAAUAAAAAGAUUCAAGUCUUUAAGUAUUUUAGUAUUGCUACUGGUUUUAACUGACGGCCACCAACAUAGGUUUAGUGAUGAGAGAGUAAAUAAUUUACAAAUCAAUAACAAUAGUACAAGUGAUAAUCAGCCGGAUGUCUUGAGUGCGAACGACACGCAGUUAAUUGAGCAGAAUACCAAAGAAGGUCGAAGUAUUGCUGGCACAACCUUAAAUGAGAGACAUGCGAAGCCGUUAAGAAGCGUUUUCAUGAAUAUCUAUAAUAAUUACAAGAGCACUUAUCUGGGUAAUAAGACAUUAACGGAAUAUAAACAAACCUUAAGGAAGGCCUUGAAAAGGAACCCCUCCCAACAAGAGAAGCUGGCGCAUUAUGCGAAUGAAACCAAUGAAAAUUUGACGACUGAGUUUUUACGGUUGAAUACCGAACCGGAACUAGUUACAGGUGAAGAUUUGGCCACGACCACGGUGAAACCCGAACGAAUUAAGGAGAGUAAAAUGAAAUAUGAGAAGAAACAGCGUAAAAAGGCACAUUUAAAUACUCUUCAUUACAAUAUGGGGCCGGGCUUUAACCUUAGCUUAGAUAUGGAAAAUAGCAUUGUUAAAGUCAAGUUAGACGGAAAUAGUCUGAAUGAAAUAAUGGCAGGACGAUGGCUGAUGGAUAAUUCAGAAGAAGGUCGCGGUAAAAAGUAUAAUAUGGUGACGAAAAUUUUACCGCUUUUCAUUUUACCAUUCUUAAUACAAUCAUCGGUUAUGCCGUUCCUGAUAACUAAAUUGAAAUUGCUACUGGUCAAAUCUAUGCUGAUCGGCAAAUUGGCUAUAUUCUUGGUAGUAAUAUCCGCUUUCAGAGCCAACGCGAACAAAGCAAUGCAAACAUAUGAAGUGCCUCCGAAUUUUUGGGCUGGUGAACCGAGUCGCAAAUAUGAGUUAACCGGUGCCGCUUCGCAUCCAGCGUACAGUGGUUAUCGGGUGGACGGCAAACCGGCUUGGAUAAACUAA